AUGACUGACACUCCGAGGUCUGACAAGUCCCAGACGAGGUUCAGCACCCCGGUAUCUGACCUCGACGACCACCGCCACCAGCCUGCUUCCCUCCCAAGGGUCGAGACUGGAUCUCCGGCCCGUUCCCGCAGGCCCACGUUUACAACCAUUCCGUCGCUGCCCGAGCGUUCAAACCCGCUUCAACUGGUCAACGAGGCUCUCGAGGCCAACGAAGUCACUGCCCGCGACUUCGAAAACGCAGUCGUCGACGAUGAUGGCUCCCAUUUGUCUCCCGAAAUCGCUUAUGGAAGGCGUGGCUCCCUCGCUCCCAGUCCUAUAGGGCGCCGCGAUACCUUCAGGCGCCCUCGCGACCCGACCAUCGAACGCUUGACACGGUCCAGGGCGUCUUCGACCUCGUCUCGAUCCGUGUCUCCUCCGAAUUCGGUGGAUGCUUUCGCUGAUGCCCGUCCGCGUCGCCAGCGAGCAGGAACUGUUAACAGCCGGGCACCAUCGGAACUCGAGCUCACCCUUCAGAGGACCAUUUCCGGAGGAACACGGCGCCGCCCGACCAUUAGUGAUGAGCGUCCCGAGAACCUGCACCCAGACGUUGCAUCCACUCAUAGCUCCGCUGAAGAAGAUGUGUGCUUCCCAGUUCAGGAAGAUCCAGGCAAAACGACACGCUUCGAUUACGAAGAGCUUGAAGAGUUUGUGGCCGCGUGCCACACUAAGACCCCCCUUGACCAGCCUUUGCGUCACAAGCCCAGCGUUGGUUCCCAGCUUUCAAAGACCGGGCCCAAGGUUUUCACCGACCUUCGUCCCAAAUCCAGCUACUCGACUGCACCCAAGGCAGAUGCUGAUGCUGCCACUCUCAAAGAUGUGGUUGAUCCCGCCAUUCAAGAGAAGCUUGCAGAAGAGGGCCUUGCCCACAUGUUUAGCGGCGAAAAGCAAGGGAGCAUAACCGACAUCAAUCUCAACCGUUGGACCUUCUUCUCGUCUGAGCUCGACGACACCAUCCACGCCGCUGAGCUUGGAGGCCUUCUUAUGCCCGGCGAACGCUUCCGUGACCUCUUCGAGCUUCCACCUGACGGCGGCGUCUGGUGGCUGGAUAUGGUCAACCCUACCGAAGAGGAAGUGUUCGCUAUUUGCAAGGCCUUUGGAGUGCAUCCUCUUACCCGCGAGGAUAUUACCAUCCAGGAGCCACGCGAGAAAGUGGAACUGUUCCACCAGUACUAUUUUGUCUGUUUCCGCUCAUUUUAUCAGACAAACAAGGAAUCCGAUGACUAUCUCGAGCCCGUCAACUUCUACGCCGUGGUAUUCAAGGAGGGGCUAAUGACAUUCACCUUUACUGAGAGCCCCCAUACCCUUAAUGUCCGCAAGCGUAUCGGCCGACUGCGGGACUACAUCAAUCUCAACAGCGACUGGAUCUGCUACGCCUUGAUCGAUGACAUCGUCGACAGCUUCGCUCCCGUGCUCCGCUCCAUUGAGCAGGAGACCGACGCCAUCGAGGACCAGGUGUUCACCGCGCGCAUUGAAGAUUCCCGCGAGAUCCUCCGCGCAAUUGGCGAGUGCCGCAAGAAGGUGAUGCAGCUGCUACGUCUACUCGGAGGCAAAGCCGACGUGAUCAAGGGCUUUGCGAAGCGAUGCAAUGAGAGCUACAGCGUUGCGCCGCGCGGAGACGUCGGGCUAUACCUCAGCGAUAUCCAGGACCACGUCGUCACUAUGAUGUCCAACCUCGGUCAUUUCGAGAAGAUGCUGUCGCGGUCCCACUCGAACUACCUCGCUCAGAUUUCAGUUGACCAGGUCAUCCAGGGGAAUCAGUCCAACAUCACUCUCGGCAAGGUCACCGUCAUCGCUACCAUCCUUGUCCCUCUCAACCUAAUCUGCGGUCUGUUUGGAAUGAAUGUCCGCGUCCCGGGGCAGGAUGGCAGCCUGGGUUGGUUCUUCGGGAUUCUCGGCACGAUCUUUUUGUUCGUCGCUGUCUGCCUCGGUGUUGCCAGGAAGAUGAGGUACAUUUGA